AUGAUCAUCUUUGUCGUCUCCCCUCCAAGUCCCUGCUACCAUCCACAUCUUGAUACUGCAAACACUCCCGCGUAACCUUACAGUCGUUCCAUUUAUCGGCUCCACGCACGUCAAGCCCAUAGCUCUUGCCUGCCGUCAGCGCCAGCGAAACAUAAAGACGCGCGAAACGCUGAUGCAGCUCCUGUGUCGUGACGACGGCAGCGUCCAGAAUCCAGAUGUCGAUCCCACAUUUCACGCAGAUGGUUUCCCGACGGGAGCGGCAGGGGUCGCGCGGAACUAUGAUCAGCUCUGUCACCGUCUACUCUUAGGAUCCGCAAAUCAGGGCCCUUCCACUGCUUUCCAUGCGCGCGAGGCUUUGGGAACUGAGAGCAAGAUAUUCUGAACAUCGACAUGCUGGGAACCGGAUUGUGCUUGAUUUACGCUGCCCCCCAGCGUGUGUGUGAUUGCGCACUGCCCCGUCGCAAGGACAUGCUACCGUAAUAAGCCCAUGAUUGCAUCCCGCUCGGGGCCCCUGGAACCACUUCUCGUUCGUUCGUUCUUUCCAACCAUGCACUCGUGUCACUGGCUGCUGCUGCUUCCGAUGCUCGCUGCUGCUUUUCGCGCGGAGCAUCCCAUCCCUUCGAGGUGGCUUUCUGCCACCUCGCCGAUCCAAAAUGCGGCGAGUAAGGUGCAUUCAAGCGGUGUUUCCAGCUCGGGUGCUCCUGCUCCUACUGCUUCCAAUAUGACGGACGCAGUGACUACUUCUGCUACAACGGGGAUGACGGUCUUAAAUUCGACAACAACCGUAAAGGUGGAUUUUGACACCACUCCUCAAAGCCCCAGCAGCACCACACCCACGAACAGCGCCAUCGCCUCGACUCUGGAACCUGAGAAGACAUCGGAUGCUUCCUCGCCGCCCCCGAGUCCCCCGCUUAGUUCUCCCACUUCCAGCCCACCCCUCAAGCCCGGUCCGACGCCGACACCGACAUCCGCCAGAUCCACCGUCCCUUUCCCGCCGUCGGCCUCCCCUCCUAAUGCCCUCACUGAAUCUCUCGCAAGGCAACUAUCAUCCUCUCCCUCCUCUCCCUCCUCCUCCUCCUCCUCUCCCCUUGCAGGCAACACCUCGACACACCGCAAAUCCAUCAUCAUCGGCAUCGUCGUCGCCCUGCUCGUCGCCGUAGUAGGCGCCGUGGCUGGCUGGGCGUUGUACAAGCGCUUCCGCCGGCGGCGCGACAGACGCGCGUGGGAGCGCACGCACCGCGAGAUCGCCGAUGCCGUGCGGCAGGUCAACACGCCUGCUCCGGGCGCGACCGGGACGCUGCCGCCGAGCCGCGGCACGUCCCGCGCCAGCUCUGCCUGUGCGCAGAGCGGCGAGGACGUGGAUCCGUUCGUCGAUGAGCAGUACGAUAUGUUCGACGCGGUUGCGUCUCCUCCUUCGAUGGCCAGUGUGCGAUCGCAGUCUCCGUUGUGCGUGCAGCAUUAUCGGCCUAAUCCUUUGUAAAUUAUCAUCAUUGGUAUAUGCUAGUGGUGGAACGAUCGCGGACACAGAUCAAGCCACACACCACCCAAUUGAUGAGCUGCCAGAGCGGCUCCGCUGAACACCAGACACCAGUUGACUGACAUCUACCGCCCGUUGCUCGCAGAUAGAUUAGAUGGAUGGAUGAUCAGAGGACGGGUCGCCGAGAUGCUAUACUUAAGGCUGAGUCUGGGAAGCAGCAGCGCUUCUGGAACAGCCAGAGCUGGAACGCUGGCGACACUCCCACCCCUCCCCCUCUGCUCCCUUCGUUCUUCUCGAUGCUGGCUCGCCAGCGACAGCAAGGAUCCAGGACUGGCUCCGGAUCCACUUGCACCGGCUCGUCCGACGGGACACUCGUCUUGGCGGAGCGACAUGGGGACGGAGACUGCAAAGACUCAUAUCCGGCGCAGGGACAGGCGGGGUGCGUCGUCGAGUGACACUGCGGCAGCUGUCGUUCGGCUUACUCACUAAAUGGGGACAGAGGAAGCUCGGACUUCACGGCGACUCCAAUAUCUCUCCACAAGACAGCAACGACGUCUGCGAUGGUCACAACUACGGUGUUCCCGCAAGUUGGUCUCCCCCUUGUCCCCUCGCAGACCAGUCCCAGUGUCGCGUCGACGUUGCCGUACACACUGCCUGUCCCAUCGGACUCUGAUAUUAUCCUCUUACCAUCAGCAUCAGCAUUAUCAUCACUUCCCUCAUCGCCCGCAUUAUCAUCAUCAUUAGCAUCUCAUCACGCGCUCUCCCGUCCCCAGCUCCUCGCCGCGGUCCUCACCCCCAUCCUCACCCUCCUCGUUCUCUUCGCGGUCCUCGCGUCCCGCCUCCUGUAUAACCGCCGCCGCCGCGCGCGCGACCGCCAGGAGUGGGUCCGCACGCACCGCGAGAUCGCGGACGCCGUGCGCGAGCGCCAGGCGGGCGCCGGGACGCCCGUGCGCUGGGGCCUAGGCGGAUUUGGCUACAAUGCCGCGCAGGCCGAGGCUGGGGAGAGCCAGAUGCGGCUCGUCGACGGCCGCGAGGGCGGGGUUACGUGAAUGAAGAAAAGAAAUGUGCGUGUGUGGUUGCGCGCGCGGAAUCGCUGAGUGGUGUAUGUUAUAUUAUUUUGUAAGUAUGGAUGAAGCAAAGAAUCGGAUCCCACCAGGAGGUCUCUCUUUGGUCACGCUUGGGACAAUGAUUGACGGGGUUCCCAAAAUGGUAGACCGAGCCCCUAGCAAAGGUCACCGAGUCUUCGAGCGGUCAUAGAAUUCCUAAAAUUGAACCAGAACAUAGACUAACAUAGACUAUAUAUCCACUUGUUCUUAGCCAAUUUUCACAUCCCUGAUGAUGCCCCUCGGCUCUGGGCCGCAAUAUCAGGAUCCCAACUCCGGACAUCCCUG